GGUCAAAGUUUACAUGUGCAACGUAACGACAGGAACACACAGUUGAAACGGCAGCUCCCAAAGAAAACAUACAUUUUUGCGUGAAAUGUGCUUUAUUUAACGUUUUAAUUUGGCGGUUUUAAUUAAACAGGAUACAAUUCAGAUGCUUUGAAUGCAUAUCGAGCCGUACAGUAGUAGCUGGUCAUUUUUUAAACUUUGAGUCACGAAUUCGCAGCGGAGCUAGCGAGCUAACGUUAGUUUGCUAGCCAUGGAUCCGCUAGACAUAGUGAUGGACGAAGUGGCGUUGGAGGGACUGGACGGGGUUACUAUCCUCUCUCUGUGGAUUCGGUUGGAAAAGAGGAACCCUGCUUUCCCACGGAAUCUAGACUCGUAUACUAAAGAGUUCAUUUGGAAAUCCUUGGUCUCGAACCACGAAGUCGACUUCUACGAGCUGCCGCAAGAGAGAGCGGAUGUCGUGCUCGUCGACAGGUUUGCAGACAUAGAUCCAGACACAGGGAUUCAGGAAGCAUCUUGUUGGGACAGAGUGGACUCCUACCCUGUCCAGAUCUUAUUGGAGGAUAAGAGGGGAAUCCAGGGCUCGUGCGUCUUCUUCAAGGAGAGGAGAAACGUCACCCCAAUCAUCCGCACCACCAGCCUGACGCCACGUCUAACGUUAGAGGAUGCCUUCAAAAGGUGGGGGAGGAAGCUGGUAAUGGUGGCCUCCCAGAGGGUAAGGUUCAGGGUGUUGAUAGGUGAUGGAGGAGACCCAGACAUGAAGCUGACUGACCACUCAUACUGUAUCCUGGAGAGGCUGGGGAGGGCCCGCUGGCAGGGAGAGUUACAGAGAGACCUGCACUCCUGCUCGUUCAAGACGGACCCGAGGAAGAUGCACUACUUGAGGAAGUCUCUGACGCAGAAUGAUCUGAUCACCAUGCAGUCUCACGUCAUCAGACUGGCCAGUGGAGCACAGCAACACUCCAUACUGCUGCUGCUCAAACGCUUCCACGUAGACCGGCGUAGUAAGUAUGAUAUCCUGAUGGAGUUGACCUCUAACCUCCUGUCAGAGGCGCCCAACCACAUAGCCUCCAUGAUCACACUACGAGACCAACUGAGUAUCAGUGAGAGGACCUUCAAGCGUAUGUAUCAGUACAUGCAAGCAGCCAAACUGGUCCAAGUGGUCAUUAAACCAGUUGAACACCUCAACCCUACAGUAGGCACCUGUGAUACCAGGAGAGGUACCAAAGUGGUGGCUCGCUGUCUGAAGCUAAUCAAACCCUACGUGAGGAAGGAGGUGGUCGAGGCUGAGGAUGACGAUGAUAACGACGAUGAUGAUGGGGGAGGAGCAAAUAGGAAGACCGUCCCCACAGAGGGGCGGAUCAUGGAGAGAGACUUCCUCUCACAGGCCUAUGGGAUCAUCGUGUCCUGCGGGACCAAGGGCAUCUCUCAGAGUGCAUUGCGUGCGAGGAUGUGCAUCGGCAAGCUGGAGUCCCGUAUGAUCUGCCGACUGCUGGAGAGGACAGACAUGAUCAAGGGUUUCAUGGAAGACGAGGGUCGUCAGAGGACCACUAAGUACCUCAGCCAUCUGCAUGUAGAUGAGUCUGAUCUGCUUCAACAUCUAGUUAAAGAACAGGAACGAUCAGACAGGCUUCGCACUGUUGGAGGGGAAGGAGAGGGGGUCCCCAAAACCCCAGCACAGACCACCCCAAAAACACCAGCUACCCCAAAGACUCGGCCUACCCCAAAAACAUCAUCGCUUCUGGGAAACACUGAGGGAGAGAGGGAUGAGGAAGACCAAGACUGGGAAAUCAAGAAGAAAGGGAAGAAGGGAGCGAAGAAGAAAAAAGCAAAAGAAAAGAAAGUGAGCAAGAUGUCUCUCCUGAAGCAGUCCAAACUCAACUUCCUGGUCACUACUCACUCUACACCCAUCAACAGUGGAGCCAAUCAGGAGCCAGAGCUGGAGUCUUGGCUCAGCCCAGGUGAGGAGUCAUCAAAAUUAUGUCCUGACGUUUCAUUGGACCAGACGGAGAGUAUGUUCGCAGGCAACAGUCAAACGGAGGACAGUGUCACGGUCAUCGAGGAGAUCCCCAGUCAGAAGGAGCACACCCGCCAGACGUACCGCCUGCUGAAGAGGAAGAACGUGAUUGUGGAAGCUGUCCAGAGCCUCAAGAUCAUAGAGGGCCUCUUCACAAUCCAGAGGUUGGUCCAGGAUGAGGAGAAGCUAGAUGGUGUGAACACUAAGUGUUGUAAGAAGUCUAUCCUGCGUCUCAUCAGAUCUCUGUCUAAAGAGGGGAUGCUCAAACUGUUCAGAACCACUGUUAUACAGGACGGAGUCAGCAAGAAGGUAGAGUUUAUAGUCCAUCCCUCUGUCUCUCCUAGUGAUGCUGUAGUGAAGUCAGCUAUAGAACAAGUCCGCUUCCGCAUCUCCAGCUCCUACCCUGCUGCACGUAUUAAUGAAAUGCAGGAGGAGAAGGCUAAGGAGAGAGAGAGGAGCAGUGUGGGAAAUGAGGUCCCUGCUGAACCCCAGGAUAUGAGAACAGAGGACAAGAUGGGAGACAAAGACAAACAACUGAAGAACUUCAAACCUUCUAUAGUCCCAGGUCUCAGCAGGUCUUUGGGGUACCAGCCUAAGAUGCCACGUCUGAGACUGACACACACCUUCUUGUGGUAUCUGGUCUACGGACACCCCCUGAGACACACCUCUACCAACACCCCCCCUGACCCCCACAACACCUCCAGCUCUAUCGUCCUCUCCACUGAUAACCCUGGUGUCCAGACUACCUACCCCACCACCCCCAGUAACCCCUCACAACCCCAAACUACACACCCUGACAACACCCAUCCUUCUGGCUCUGAACACACAGACCUCCCCACCUCAACCCCCCGAAACACAGACUCCCCCAAUCCCCAAAACUCAGACCGCCCCGACACCCAGAGCCCACCCACUGACAACGCUGCAGUAAGUGACUCCGCCUCCACAGAGGGCCAGCCAGGCCUGACCCCUGAGAAGGGAUGUCAUCGUUGGCGGAGGAAGGGCGAGGUGAUCAAUCUGACAGAUGUCGGACACGACCCUGACAUGAAAGUCUAUGUAGAUGAGUUGUCUUGGAGGAGGUAUAUCCCCCCUGCUCCGGUCCACAGAGAUUUUGGUCCAGGCUGGGCCCUGACCUCUGAUGUUGUGCUCUGUCUGCCUCUCUCCAUCUACAUUCAGAUUAUACAGAUAUCCUUCAAGGUGGAUGGUUUGGAGGAGUAUCUGAAUGACCCAGUGAAGCAGCACUACCUCAUCAGGUUCCUGCCUUCUAGGAUGAAGACCCAACUACUGCACAAACGGAAGUACAUCUUUAGUUUCCAUGACAACAUGCAGCGUCUGAUUUACAUGGGUCUGCUGCAGUUUGGGCCGGUGGAGAAGUUCCAAGACAAAGACCAGGUGUACCUGUAUGUGAAGCGUAACUGUAUGAUAGUAGACACUACUAUGUGUGAGCCCCACUAUAACCUGGUGUUGGAGACGAGGGUGUUUGAGAGACGGAGAUACACACUGAACACCCUGACAGACGUAGACAACUACUGGUUUGACCUGAUGUGUGUCUGCCUCAACACACCACUAGGUGUGAUCAGGAAGGAGCGGCCGAAGAGAAGCUCUGCCUCCAAAUCCCAGGAGGGGCCAGUCAAGGUUCCCGUGGAUACAGACCGCCACAAGUUCCGUCACCUGGAUCACAUGCUCAAGGGCAGCAGGGAGGUGUGUUAUGCAGCAGUAAUACCAGGGGACAGUAAAGGAGCAGGAGGUCUGGACUCGGACUUCUUCGGACACCUCAAACGCAACUGGAUAUGGACCUGUCAUCUGAUGAGAACCAAGAGGAGCAACAACCAGUACGAGUCCAGUAACACAGUGAGACUGAAUAGUCUACUGACCAAACAUCUGACCAUGGAUAUAGGCCCCAAGUUCCCCGGGCCCCUGUCCUCUAAACAGGGGGUCCCAGCAGGGUUGAGGUUGGAGGAGGUCCACAUCUCCACUGAGCCGUCCAGUAGGAACCGGCUGGUUAAAGGAGGGAACAAGAGGAAGAGGAAGAGAACUGUCAAACAGGUCAAAAUACCACAGAAGAAGAAGAAAGUAGAGGUUAGAAAGCGGGCCCCAGUCCAUGAUGCAGCAGACCACAAAGCUCUGAUGAUGAUGACCAGACAGAGAGUAACAUGGAACGUCAGCGAGGACUCUGUACUCAUCCUCUGUAGAGUCGCUUCACACUUCCUUAACCGCAAGCUCCGCAGGCCCUUCGUCCCAUGGUGUGUAGUGAGGGAUCUGCUCCACGCAGAGUUUGAAGAGUCUCUGGAUAAAACCUCUCCAUCUGUCGGACGACGAUCACGUUACAUACUGAAGAACCCCCAGACACACCUCAACUACAAGAUCUGUCUGGCGGAGGUGUACCAGGACAAGCCUCUGAUAGGGAAGCUACAGGGAAGGAAACACAACCCCAACGACCCCGAGGAAUGUUCUACAGUGUUCCGUGAGUUUGUGUCGUUACUCAGACAGAAGUUUAGCUCCGCCUCCGGGUCGUGUGAUGUCACCAUCCCUGACACCAAGACACAGCUGUUCUCACGGUUUAAGGUGUACACCCUAGAGGACAUGUCAGAUGAGAAAACCAAGGACUCACUCAACAGUAUUGAGGACAUCCACUCCCUGGUGUUGAAUAAUCUGAUCCAGAGCACAUUGGCCAUGUCCAACUCUCAGAUGAAAUGCUGCCGAUCCUUCCAGACCUUCCAUACCUACAGUAGGUACCGUCAGGAGGUUCUGUGUCAGGUGUUUGUCCAGUGUAGGAAGAAGGGAUUGGUCAACAGACGAAGGAUCAGUCAACUGUGUGGCCCCAAUAAGAACCGUGCCCUACCCAUUCUGCCCAUGUCUUACCAACUGUCUCAGAGUUACUACAGGUGUUUUACAUGGCGUCUGCCCACGGGUCUGUGUACAGAGGUGUUUGACUUCAUGCAGGCCUUGAGCAGGAACGGGACUGGAGACAACCACCCUUCCACGGCCUUCAUACACGAAGGAGAGGAGAAGAAGAGAGAGAGCAUGGAGAAAGAGAGAGGGGAGGAGGGCAUGGAGAAAGAGAGAGGGGAGGAGGGCAUGGAGAAAGAGAGAGGGGAGGAGGAGGGCAUGGAGAAAGAGAGAGGGGAGGAGGGCAUGGAGAAAGAGAGAGGGGAGGAGGGCAUGGAGAAAGAGAGAGGGGAGGAGGGCAUGGAGAAAGAGAGAGGGGAGGAGGGCAUGGAGAAAGAGGGCAAGAAUGAGAGAAGUGCGGAGAAUAUGGAUAAGGAAAGAGGGGAGGAGGAGAGAGAAAAAGAUGAAGAUAUGGAGACAGAAGAGAGAGGGAAGAACACAGAGAACGAGCAAUUGGAGGAGAACGAGGACAAGGCAGCCCACAACCAGAACCAAGCAGAAGAACAGGUCUCGUCUUUUACCAUCCAUGGAGUUGAGUCUACCUCCAGGGACCCUGCCUCCUGUCCUCUCACCCAGACGGAGGAGCCUGAGUCGGGUACAGCACCCGGCCUUGGCCCCUCUCUCCCUCUGGAUCUCACGGAGAUGUUGCAGUUCCCUCUGGAGUCCCCGGGGGGCGCCACUCUGGCCUGUCUCAGUCUGAUGACUCUGGGUCUGCUGUCAGUCCACGUCUCCAUACCUGAACACAUAGUGGUGUUGGACAGCACCAUGGUGGACAAUGAGGUGGUUAAGAGUAUCUCAGUGCUGGCUGAGGAUGAUGAUGAUGAAGAGGAGAGCGAGGGGCGGAGGGGGAUCGAGGUGAGGGCUCACAAGGCGUCCCACACCAAGUACCUGAUGAUGCGUGGCUACUGCGUUCCCGGGAUCGUUAACCUCCGAAACCUCAACACCAACGAUAGUAUCGUGGUGGAGUCAUGCACCAUGAGACUACAUCUACGACACACACCUGUACACACUCUGUUUAUUACCCAGGACUCUCCUCCCAUAGACUUCUCCAGACACGGUCCCUCUCUCCUCCCCUCCCUACUCACCCAUUCCCUCAGAGCCCAUCCCUCCUCCUCCCCUUCUCCCUACUCCUCCCCCCUCCCCGUCUCCCCCUCCUCCUCUGUAGAGGUGUGUGAGGGGCGUCUGGUGACACGGAGAGGGUAUAGCCCAGAGGACAUUGGGGCUGUGGCAGAGCUCAGAGCAACGCUGGAGAGACACGGAGCCUUCGGAUUGGACAGACGGGACCUGGUGACAUCACACUCACACCUGGCCGACCCGAGAGACGGACGUACUAGAGGUCUGCAGCAGUACAUACAGGACCUGCUGGAGGAAGAGCUGGUGUUGGAGGUGGGAGGGAACUCAGUGCGUCUGGUGUUAUUGAGUCACGCUGAGCCCUGGCUACUGACCUCCACAGAGAGGCAGAGAGACCGGCCACACCAAGCCCAGCGAGGGGCCUCUGCCUUUGGGGACAGAAAGCACCACAACCCCCUCCUCCGCAAGAGAAGAAUGGUGGCCCCCAGAGAGAAGGAACCACGUAGUAAGAGAGGGAGAAGAGAAACACUGAUGGAGGAAGAGGAGGUUGAGAAGAGGGAGGAGACAUCGGAGGAAGAGGAGGAGAGGAAGAAGAUGCAGCCUGAAGAGAAAGACAGGAACGAGACUGCGGAGGAGAGAUGGAUGAAGAGAGGAGAGGAGGAGGAAGAGAUGGAGAAAGAAGAGAGGGUACAAGAGGAACCAUCAUCUACUAUUGAGACAGAACAGAGCACAGAGGGCGACGGUGAGAAGCCAUUUUCAUCUCUAGCUGAGGAAGAGGAUGGUGAAGCUAUCGGUCUGCGUGAGGAAGAGGAGGGUAGCGUCGGUGUGUGUGACGUGUCGUUCAUCAGUCGUCCGUGGCGUAUCGUGGACGGCAGUCUGAACAGGCCGGUGUGUAAAGGCAUGCUGGAGGCUGUCCUCUACCACAUCAUGACCCGACCUGGUUUACCAGAACACAUCUUACUGGAACACUACAGAGGGGUCCUGCAGCCAGUGGUGGUACUGGACCUCGUGCAGGCCCUCGUUGAGUUGGGCUGUAUUAAGAAGAAGUACGUGACCAGACGUCCCAAACCCUCCCUCUUCUCCCGCCCAGCCGCCUUCCUCAUGGUGGAGGAGGAGAGAGCGGGAGAGACAGGGGUGAGGCUGGGGGAGACGGGGGUAAGACCGGCUGAGACGACCACUGUGUUCUAUGAGCCGACCAUCGACUGCUGCCUGCGUCUAGGACAGGUUUUACCCCAUGAAAACAACUGGAACCAGUGGGUCCAGUUCGCACAACAUGAGAACAAACAGUAAGGACUGGAGUUUAAACUGAUCUGGGUUCAAUUCUUUAGUACACACUGUAGUGAAACGUUUUUAGGCUAUAGCAAAACGUUAUGCAACAAAAAACAACAGUUUCUAUUAGAAAAAUGUAAGUAUGUCCUUGGCCGUUUCGUUCCCCAUGAUUCUGUUUGGUUCCAUUUAGUUCUUAGUGAACACACCCCAGGACUGCUAGGGGACGGGAGGUCGACUUGAUCAGGAUUAAUAGGCCAGGAGUUAAAACAACAAGUUUCUUCACAGUGGGUAACCAAUGGUCUUUAGUUCUGACCCUUAGUGACUCUUACCGGACAACAUGAUUUGAUUUUAGCUAAAAAAUGUUUAGUUUCAGUUGUAGUUAUACAGAGCUCUGGGAAUUAGUUUGUUGUAGUUAUACAGAGCUCUGGGAAUUAGUUUGUUGUAGUUAUACAGAGCUCUGGGAAUUAGUUUCUGUUGUAGUUAUACAGAGCUCUGGGAAUUAGUUUCUGUUGUAGUUAUACAGAGCUCUGGGAAUUAGUUUGUUGUAGUUAUACAGAGCUCUGGGAAUUAGUUUUGUUGUAGUUAUACAGAGCUCUGGGAAUUAGUUUCUGUUGUAGUUAUACAGAGCUCUGGGAAUUAGUUUCAGUUGUAGUUAUACAGAGAUCUGGGAAUUAGUUUCACAUCUUAGUCUUUCAUUGGGAAAACCUGUUUUUAUGGUUUCAUUUGUUUUGUUAUUGUUUUCUUGAAAGUGUGAUUUAAUAAAAUUCAAAUCGUGGAA